AUGUCCAGCGCCAGAGCAGGUAAAGUGAGAAGAUCAACUCCAUUCAUUCCAAGUAAACACAUCACUCUGCCAGAAGUUAACCGACGACAAAAAGUGCUUCCUCCCAACGAAUAUACAAGUCUAUGUACAAAAUUGUAUGAUAAUCAGUUGAAUAGAAAGAAGGAGAAGAAUGGAAGAUCAAAGAUGAGAAGUCAAUUUAACAAGUAUUCAACAGAGCAACAGCAACAGCAACAGGAUGAAGUAAUUUCGUAUGGUGGUAAUGAUUGGGAAUUUUCUGAAGCUUCAUUCUAUUCAUUGGCAUAUCCUAGGAUUCAGGAAGAAAGUGAUUAUACUAUUUAUAGAGCUCCACUGGUGGGAAGUAGUGUCAAUUCAAUGCAGAGACAGUUUUUCAAUGCCCAAUCGAGCAAGUUGAGAAGAUUGAGAACUGAUGCCAAUAGAAAGAAGAGAAGAUUAGAAAGAAGAGGAAGAAAGUUGUUUACCAGAAAGCUCAGAACUUUGAGAUCUGCCCCUCCAUUGUUUACUGCACCAAAACCAAAUGCUUCAAUUUUGGGAAAUAAUAGAAUGGCCAGUGUUACCUCUAUGGGAUUAUAUUAUUCAUCUGGAAGAGUGCACUGA